AUUGUGUGUGUCCUUGGAGUUUCCAUAGAAGGGUCUUAGCAAUUCUGAAUCUGUAGCGUAAGUCCCCUCCACCCCCUCCCCAGUCACACAUACUCGUUGCCCUUGUCACAUAAUUUCAUUGGCAAACUUACCAUCAAAUUAUUAUUGGCGAAGACAUUAGUUAGAAACCGUGUGAACUGAGGGGUCGUCAAGGGUUGAAAUAUGGGACACUCUGAGGAAAACAGUCAUGAUACUGCCAAGCAGAAGGCAAUCGAUGAUUGGCUUCCAAUCACUGCUUCCCGAAAUGCCAAAUGGUGGUAUUCGGCUUUCCACAAUCUCACAGCCAUGGUUGGUGCAGGUGUCCUUAGCCUUCCCUUUGCAUUGUCAAACAUGGGCUGGGGUCCCGGUGCUACUGUGCUUAUCUUGUCUUGGGUCAUCACCCUCUACACUUUGUGGCAAAUGGUUGAGAUGCACGAAAUGGUGCCAGGGAAGAGAUUCGAUAGGUACCAUGAGUUGGGUCAGGAAGCCUUUGGAGAGAAACUAGGCCUAUGGAUUGUGGUUCCCCAACAGGUUGUGGUUGAAGUUGGCACGUGCAUUGUCUAUAUGGUCACUGGGGGCAAGUCAUUGAAGAAAGUUCAUGAUACCAUUUGCACUGAUUGCAAAGAAAUUAGGACCUCAUAUUGGAUCAUUAUCUUUGCUUCUGUGAACUUUGUUCUUGCACAAUGCCCCAACUUUAACUCCAUCUCUAUUAUCUCUCUCAGUGCUGCUGUCAUGUCUUUGACAUACUCAACCAUAGCUUGGUGUGCUUCAAUAAAAAAGGGGAUUGCACCAGAUGUGAAUUAUGGCUCUAGAGCCACCAGCACUGCUGAUGGUGUAUUCAACUUCUUUUCUGCCUUGGGCGAUGUGGCAUUUGCCUACGCAGGUCACAAUGUGGUUCUUGAAAUUCAAGCAACCAUGCCUUCAACUCCUGAGAAUCCUUCCAAGAAACCCAUGUGGAAAGGAGUUAUUUUGGCAUACAUAGGAGUUGCAUUCUGCUACUUCCCUGUUGCGUUCAUUGGAUACUACAUGUUUGGAAACUCAGUUGAUGAUAACAUCCUCAUCACACUAGAACGCCCUGCAUGGCUCAUUGCAACUGCCAACAUGUUUGUCUUUAUCCACGUUGUUGGAGGCUACCAAGUAUUUGCUAUGCCAGUGUUCGAUAUGAUCGAAACCUACAUGGUUAAGAACUUAAGUUUUACACCUUCUGUUGCACUCCGAUUAAUAACUCGCAGUGUAUAUGUUGCAUUGACAAUGAUAAUUGGCAUAUGCAUCCCCUUCUUUGGUUCUCUUCUUGGAUUUCUUGGAGGCUUUGCGUUUGCACCAACAUCAUACUUUUUGCCCUGUAUCAUAUGGCUUAAACUCAAAAAGCCCAAAAAGUUUGGCUUGUCAUGGACAAUCAACUGGAUCUGCAUUGUUCUUGGGGUAUUGUUGAUGACACUAUCUCCAAUUGGUGCUUUGAGGAAUAUCAUCGUGUCAGCCAAAAACUACGAGUUCUUCUCGUAAACCAUUGAUGCAAUCAGUGAUUCCCAACUGAUUUUAAAGUUGAUGGAUGAAGCAUACAACAUAAACAACAAAAAAGCACCUACGUACGUGCACAAUCCAUGGAGGAAAUAUAGAUCAGAAUUUGUAGGAUUUGUGGCAGUGAUACUCGCACAGAGUAGCAUCGUACAUAAUUUAUAUAUAUAUUUAUAUAUGAGGCGGUUUCAAAUGACACCGGUGUAACUUUUACCAAGUGUUAUAC